AUGGUCUCACUUCUGGAGGUCGUUCUAAACCCCUCCGACGCUUACAGUGACGAGAGAACAGAUACGAACACAGACCACUGCAGUAGACACACACAAGCCCGUACCGAUUCCCCCACACAUCUCGAUACGAGUAUGGACUCCAGCACAGGGGAAGGUGUAGGUAGAGAUACGCUAGGUACACCUAGUGCGGGUAGCUAUAAACCGCCUAUCUACCCUGGUGCGGUGACUGACAUACCCACCAUCAACUGUGAGGAGUUUACGAUGACAAAGUUCUAUUCGGAGUACCUGAGUGCGGGUAGACCUGUGAUUGUGAAAGGUCAUCUGCACCACGCGCAGUGGGAAGGGUUGAAAGUGUUGUCGGAUCUUGAAGAAAUGAAACUGAGAUAUGGCCACCGCACCGUUCCUAUUGAGGGAGACACGUGCGCUCACGUGGAGGAAGCGGAUCAAGCCACGGACAUGAAGCAGAAAGGAGGCAGUGGUAAGCUGAAAACUAUACUGUUCUCUCAAUUCAUUGACGACCACUUAAAGCCCAGCCAAGACUGGUGCGACCACCAGGCAGAUGUGCAAAAUCCUGCCCAGGCCGGCCCUGGUGCAAAGAAACAGGUGCACACAUUCCCGCAUGUGGGGUACAUAUCACAGCAUAACCUGUUUCAGCAGAUACGGCCGAUGCAGGACCUGUUCUCUGUACCAAUGUACACAAAUCUAGGCAGUUUAAAGAUGGUCAAUGCGUGGUGUGGCACGGUGGGCACAGUCACCGCUUUACACACAGACGAGGACAACAACUUCUUAGCCCAGAUUGCCGGCUACAAGUACAUCAAGAUCUUCUCACCCGCCGAUACCGAGUUGCUGUACGCCCGCGCGCACCCGCGAGCCACAGCCGACAAUCCGCUCAACAACUUCAGUCCCAUAGACGUGCGUGAUCCCGAUCUUCAAAACCAUCCGCUAUACCGGGAUGCAAGGGGACUACACGCAGUACUGGGGCCGGGUGAUAUGCUGUUUCUACCCAAGAGCUG